AUGGCGUGGCUUCCGGCUUCUGGUUUUUUCCCCAUCGUCGUGUGGAAAACGUUCGUGUUCUUGGAAUCCAGUAGAUCGGCCGGGAGUGAAGUUCCCCCUCGAGCCUACAAAUACUGGAGUUUGUUUGAAUGGCAUUCUCCUUGCAACAUUUGCAAAAAGACGGUCCAAAAUGUGGAAUCCCUUCCUAUAACCGAUGACCCUGCUCUGUAUGUUGCAAGCUUGCUCUACCCUUUUGCCAUUUCACUUUUUGUAAAUUCUCUUUUGGUGAUCCUUGUUCUAGUAUCCAGUUGUUGGCAGGCAAACUACCCUUGGGCCACAAAUGUAGAAGAUACCAUGAGCUUUAGCUUUGGGCUCUGGAAGUCUGGAUCCUCGAGUGACAUAGUACCAUGCUUAAAAUCCCGUGUCAUAACACUUUCAGCAGAGAAACUGAAGGUGUUUCUAGCGCCUUCAACUGGCUCUCUUAAGUACAAGGAAUUCCUAAAACUUAAGACUGGCAACAGAAGUGAGACAGAUACACCAUUUUAUGAAUCUGAACCAGAAGAAGGUGAGAUCAGAGAGGAUGAGCCACCUGGACCAGAAAGCCCUAACCACAAGGAUAUUGGGAUAAAUGCUAUAAAGUUGAGUUCUUCUCAAGAGGCAAUCAUAAAGCAGAAGGUCGAUAAAAUGCAAUCAACCUCACAUGAGAGAGACACUUACCAGGAAGGGAUUGCAAAUACUGUUGUGCAAAAACUGGAGUAUGGAGCAUCUGAGGGUCGAACUAUUAACACGAGGCAGUUGGCAUUGCAUGGAACAUGUUCUGGGGGAUACACUCGAAGUUAUUUGCCAGAUGCCAACAAUACAUCGACUAAAAGGCACAAACAGAAGGAGCAUGGCCAUUAUAAAUAUUCCGAUUAUCCACAUGUCUUGAAAACGAUUGAAAAAGUUAGCUCAAGAAGAUUUAAUAAACUAUUGGCAUGGCACAAUGAAGACCGCAAGGAGUUCAAUGUUCUGUUCAAGAAACUGGAGUUAGAUUUCUUCCAAGAACAUGUGCGCUCUUAUGAAGUCCAAUACACAAGAGUUAUACCAACAAUAAAACAACGCAGGAUGAAGUUACCGAAGCAAUGUUUCUCCAUUUUGCGCGAGUCUUUUCAUAAACAUUUCCAAUCAAAGCUGAUAGAAUUUGUGAAACAACAAAUAAAAGAUAGAGACAAGGAGAACAGAAUAAGAAAACGCUGGAUAUUUGAGGCUGAAGCUGGUUACCUUAAGAAAGAUUUUGAUAUGGUUCCCUUGUCAUAUUCUGGGCUUAAAAUAGAGAAACUGAAAUGCCCUUUGACUGACUAUUCAAAUGGUGACAUACUGCUCAAUUGCUUUAACAUGGAAUGUCUGUCUACUGAGAUUCAAGCUAUUGCUUCUUUGAGUACAGAACCAGAAGACACAUGUGCAGGUAAGAGAAGCAAUGCAUCUGAGCCCAUUCCAGAGAACUCACAGCUGCUGCUUGAAAUCAAUGGAUCUACAGAGGAUAAGGUUUCAGUUGGUGCUGCUGAAGAAGUUUUCACCUAUGAAAGGUCUUCCCAGUCCACCUGUGAGCCUACUACAGUGGUAUUUGGUGAAAAUAAUGGGACAGAAAUUGACUUUCCAGUAGCGGCACAAAGUACUGUGGGGCACACGGAGUUACCGAAUGCCCCUCGAUCUGACAUUGGUGCAGGAUUAGCACAUGCUAAUUUGGUGGCUUCUGAUUCUGGAAACGUGCCUUCUAUAGCAAAGGGAAGGUGUCUGAGUUCAGGUUAUGAUGUUUCAGAAGGUUCCAGCUCUAGGUUCCAGAGAGAAUUACAAUCUGAGCCUUCCUCGAGCCUCUGCAAAAAUGUAUUGCUUCACAAGGAAACUCCAUCUACAAAUCAUCAUAUAUCCUUGGACCCUAUUUCUCUGCAGGAAACUCCAUGUGCAAAUCAACAGAUAUCCUUGGAAACUAUUUCUCCACAGGAAGCUCCAUUUGCAAAUCAGCAGAUAUCCUCAGACACUAUUUCUCCGCUUGAGGUUCCAUCUGCAAGUUCGCCUUCACCUAAUGUGAUUCAGAUGGAACAAGAACAACCUGAGGACAUCAGUAACAAGAAAGCGCCUAAUAGCCAAGCUUCUUCAUUUGCCCAAGUUACCGAGCAGCCUGACAUGCAUGCAAAUACAUCAACUUGUCAGGUUGUUACUCAUCAACCACCUGAUGGGAAUACUCAUUCAGUAAGAAAUGGGUUUAUCAGCCCUCAGGAAUCAAAUAUUGAGCCAGAUUUAGUCAACCAGAUUAUAACAGUCCCUAGUGAAGUUGGGUUUCAAUCUGACCCAAUUGCCAAUGAGUUGAGUCGAUUACAGAUGUUACGUGUUCUGAUGGCCAAGAGGCACGAAGAGAAGCGGCAACAGCUUAUUUUGGCAUGCGAAAUAGAGAUGGCUGAGACUAAAAGGAAGUAUGAUGAGCUGAUCUAUAAAUCGGAAAUGGAAAGGUUACAGAGAAAGAAAGAGCUUAAAAUACUUUCUGACAAAGUCUAUAAACAACAAAUAUUGGCCGAGGAAUUCCAGUCUAUGUUUGUUUCGCACCGAUCAAGAGGUGCGGCCAAGAGAAGCCUGGCAGAGCCUAAUCGAUCAUCAGGUCAGCAGGCUUUGCAACCGCCUGCGUCCAUUUCAGCCGCGGCAUCAGCAGCCGAUGCACAGUCAUCCAUAGCAUCUGGUCACCGUCUUGGGGUCGCCAGCUUGGAACAGUAGCUGCCAGUUUGACUCUUCUUCGAAGCUUUCGUGCAUGCAGCCAACAAGAGGCUACCUCUCGAGUCAACUGCAUGGGUUUCGAGGAUGACUAACUUCUGAGUUUUGCUUAGUGAGAAAUAGAUCCGACUUAGCAGAAACCGUACAUGCCGCAUGCUUCUCUAGCUGUGGCAGAUUAACCUGCCAUGUGUGUUUCGUUUAAAAAAAUAAUCUGCAUCCUUGUAGGUCAGUAGCAAUAGUUUGACUGAGACUGAAGCUGUCACAGGUAGCAGACAUGUGGUACACCAAAAAUACAGAUACCAGUCUGCAUCUGAAAUGCUUGGCCGUCCUAACUCGGCUUUGCUCCUGAACAUGCAUGAGUUCUCUCAACGUUGGUCCUGCACAGAAUUCAUGGACCAUCCAACGUUAAUGCAGAUACAGGCACUAUGAGGCCCCGAUACA